AUGUGGAGCGUUUGUCAGCUGUUAGUUGGCAAGAACAAGACUAUAAAUUAUUUGGCAAACGAGUAUGACUUAAAACAAUUUUUUGCAGUAAGACCUGGACAAUUUGUGCAAGACUUUUGCAAAUACCGAGGAAAAGGUGCUUGCAUUGCAUGUUCUGACCCGCUAAUAGCACGUACGGGUAUUGCAGUGCCAUGCGAUGCGGCACUAUGCAAAAAUCACCUCCAUGUCACUUGUGCACAAAGAUUAGGUUUGUUGGUCGAUAACACAGAGAAAAGUGUCGACUCGAGCUUAUCAAGUAGCGCAAAUACAAAUAAUAAUAAUCGCACAGCAUAUGAUGUCGAAACAGUAGAUCCACUUUAUUUAACUUGCAAGCGUCAUGCAAAUGAGAAUCUGAUGAAGCAACGGAAAGCAGUGUGUGAGUUGGUAUAUAAACAGGAGGAAGCACGAAUGUUAGGAAUCCGAAGACGAGUUCUCAAUGAACGAGAAGAACGAAAAAGGAUGCAAAUGUUGGAAAGGCACAAAAAAGCAAUGAAAGAUUUGGAAGGUAUUACAAUUGCAUGGCCUGAGCAUGAUAACAAGCGUCCACGUUUAUUUCAUACAAGUGCCCAGUAUCUCGAACUGUUUUCUGAAAAAGCGAAAAGUAGUGGGAUAAGUCGGCAAAAGUUUUUGGAAAAUUUUAUCAAAGUUGAUGGUGCCCAACUACAGUAUCUCCCACCUGGUUUUUCAAGCGAAUUUAUUGAAUAUUUCAACCAUCGUAAGAAUAUUAUUCCGCAAGAAACUGAAAAGCUGGAAAAACUGAAGCGGGAAAACGAAAAAUUACGAACUGAACAGAAAAAGCUACAAGAACUAUUGCAGAAUCCUGUAGUUUCGUUUUUUGAUGAUUCGAAGGUACUACAAGAAUGGUAUGAAACUCUGCAUGCUUUGGGAUUACGAAAGCUUGAAAAGCCAUCACCACCAGUUGAGAAUAAAACGAAGAAGAACAGUCCGAGAAAAUCUCAAAGCUUCCUGACUACAAAAGGUCCUUCUACUACCAAAGCCUCGACAUCUGGAAAAUUGUCAGGAAAAAAAAACUCAUUAGGCAGUGUUGCUUUUGAAGAAAUCGAUUUAAAGAUAAACUUCUGUGAUGAGUGUAAAAAGACAACUGAACAGCACCUGAUGACUCAAUGUGAUAAAUGCCAUAAAUAUUAUCAUUUGGCAUGUCUAGAACCACCUCUACUGAAGAUGCCAAAGAAAACAAGUACUCAGGGAUGGAUGUGUUCACUGUGUUGUGAUGUGAGCAGUGACAGCGAUGCUGAAAUGAUGGAUUGUCCUCAAGUAAUUUUGUUUAACACUUUGAAGGCAAAAAUAUUACGCGGUGGUCCGAGAAAAUUACGCGAUCGAUCUGUGGCUUCGGAAAAGCGAAAAGUGGAGAAAGCCGAAUGCCAAGCAUCCAAAGCGGCCAUACUUUCUGCGAAGCAAUCCGAAACCGUUGACAAAUGUCCGCACAAGGCUACUCCAUUUAUCUCGCCAGACGAGACGAAGAAAACUACUAAUUCUAUCCCUACAAAUCAUUCGGCUCCGACAGCUGUCGCAAAAAGAGUUCCUAGCUUAUCACCAGUGCCUCAUAUGCCAAAACUAAAGCGUCGUCGCAGUGUUAAUUCAUUGCCGCCCACACUUCCAAAGUUUAAAUCAAAUGAAACUGCUCAUUUAAAUGAGAGAACAACGGAGAAAUCACAGUCCUUAUUACCGAAAAGUCAUCAGAUGUUAAUAGAAAUGCUACUGAGAGCUGGGCCCAUUCUCGCUUACAAAAAACAAAGUUGGUCGACGAAGGCUCUCACAGAUGUGAAACAUUUUCCUCUCAUAUUAUACAAACGAAUUCUAAGGUUACAUUAUGGCUUGCCGAAAGAAAUGCGCAUUAUCGGUGACCAGUAUGUAAAAACUGAAUUCCGGAAACAUAAGAAUGUUUCAUCUGAACAAGCUGUGAUAUUCUUAAAAGAAUGGAGGGAAUAUUCAACGAUUUUAUCAAAACAACUAUCUAAUCGUGGCAUUGCAAAAGGGAUCUUAGGCGUCAAUUUGAAUUUCACAGUAUUGGAUGGUUUACAAGAUGAUCAACUCUGGCAGCUAUAUAAUUUGAAACUGGAAACAGAGAAACUUAAAAGUGAUAAUAGUAAUAAAUCCGAUUUGCAGUAA